AUGGGUGUCCCCGCGCUCUUCCGAUGGCUUUCGCAAAAGUACCCCAAGAUCAUCUCGCCCGUCGUCGAGGCCGAGCCUGUCGAGUACCCCGAUGGUACCGUUGAGCCCGUCGAUACCACCAAGCCCAACCCCAAUGGCGAGGAAAUGGACAACCUGUACCUCGAUAUGAACGGUAUCGUUCAUCCCUGCUCGCAUCCAGAGGACAAGGACCCGCCGGAGAACGAGGAGCAGAUGAUGAUCGAGAUCUUCAAGUACACCGACAGGGUUGUCAACAUGGUGCGCCCGCGUAAGCUGCUCAUGAUUGCUGUUGACGGUGUCGCUCCACGCGCAAAGAUGAACCAACAGCGCUCUCGUCGUUUCCGUGCCGCCCAGGAUGCCAAGCAGAAGGACGCAGAUGCUGCUGAGUUUGCGAAGCUCCUCGCCUCGCAGAACAAGAAGAAGGGUGAAGAUGGCGAAAAUGGUGAUAGCGCCGAAGCUCAGAUUGUGAAGAAGACCUGGGACAGCAACUCUAUCACUCCAGGAACUCCCUUUAUGGAUAUUCUGGCCCAGAGUCUCCGCUAUUGGUGCGCCUACAAGCUCAAUACCGAUCCUGCUUGGGAAAAGCUCAAGGUCAUCAUCUCCGAUGCCACUGUGCCUGGAGAGGGUGAGCAUAAGAUCAUGGAGUUCGUGCGCUCUCAGCGCCGUUCUCCUCACCAUGACCCGAACACUCGCCACGUUAUCUACGGCCUUGAUGCCGAUUUGAUCAUGUUGGGCCUUGUGACACACGAGCCCCACUUCCGCGUUCUGCGUGAGGAUGUCUUUGCGAACGAUGCCAAGCCCAGGACAUGCAGGCGCUGCGGUCAGACGGGUCAUUACGCAGACCAAUGUCGAGGCGAGAUCAAGAAGAAAGAGGAUGAGCAUGAUGUCAAGCAGAACAAGGUUACCAAGAAACCGUUCAUUUGGCUCCAUGUUGCCAUUCUCCGUGAGUACCUUGCAGCCGAACUCAAGGUUGACAGGCAGGGUUUUGCCUUUGACCUGGAGCGUGCCCUAGACGAUUGGGUUUUCAUGUGUUUCUUCGUCGGAAACGAUUUCUUGCCCCAUCUCCCAAGUCUUGAGAUUAGAGAGGGAGGUAUCGACACAUUGAUCAACAUCUGGCGUGAAAAUCUGCCUGAAAUGGGCGGUUACGUUACCAAAGACGGUCACGUCGACAUGAGCCGCGCUCAAGUCAUCCUGCAGGGACUUGCGAAGUUGGAAGAUGGCAUCUUCAAACGUCGCAAAGAGACCGAAGACAGAAGAGAAGCCGCGCAGAAACGCAGGAAACUCCAAGAAGAGAGGAGGAAUGGCGGUGGAAGAUUCGCACAGGGAGGAGAUGGAAAUCAGCAGAACAACUCGCCCAGCGCUCGAAAGGGCAGCAAAAAGGGCGAGACUGCUGAAGACUUUGCCAAUCUCCCCAUGUUCAGCCCUGGGGAGCUCCAGUCAAAGGAAGCGAGGGCUUUGACCCACGAGAAUUUCGUCAACAGAAAGGCCAUUUUCCAGGGCCAGGCGAACGUUGCAAACAAGAGCGCAGCUGCUGCCCUGAAAGAGGGGCUGCUUGGCAAGAAGCCUGAGACUGUCUCUGUUGCUGCAGGUCAGAAUGGCAAUACGGAGGAAGCUCCUGCUCCGGGCCCUGCCGCUGAAGAUGCUACUGCGACUCCGCCCUCUGCCUUGGGCAAGAGAAAGGCGGAGCUUCUGGAAGAUGAUUCCAGCACUCCUGGCCGUAACACGCCGGAUGCGGGCACACCUGCGGCCAAGUCUGACGAGCCGCCAGAGGAUACCGUGAAAAUGUGGGAGGAAGGCUACAUGGACCGGUACUACGAGCAGAAAUUCCACGUCGACCCCAAGGAUAUUGAAUUUCGCCAUCAGGUUGCGCGUGAUUAUGCUGAGGGUCUCGCAUGGGUGCUGCUGUACUAUCUCCAGGGUUGCGCUUCCUGGACCUGGUACUAUCCCCACCACUACGCUCCUUUUGCUCAAGAUUUCGUUGAUCUUGACAAGAUGGAACUCAAGUUCGAGAAGGGCAAACCGUUCCGCCCUUACGAACAGCUCAUGGGCGUUUUGCCUGCUGCGUCCAACCACGCUAUUCCGCCAGUAUUUAGGCCGCUCAUGGAAGAAGCGGACAGCGAGAUUAUCGACUUCUACCCUGAAGAUUUCCGUGUUGAUCUCAACGGCAAGAAGAUGGCUUGGCAAGGUGUUGCCAUUCUACCUUUCAUUGAUGAGAAGAGGCUACUGGAUGCCAUGGCCAAGAAGUACCCUCAACUGACCCCGGAUGAGGCUGCUCGCAACGAAUUCGGCAAAGAAGUUCUUCUGUUCUCUACUCGCCACCCUCUCUAUGAAGAGGUGGCUCAGCAGUGGUAUUCGAAGAAGCAGGGAGAACCCCAACAUAAGCUUAACCCCGAGAUCAGCGAAGGUCUGUCAGGUACGGUCACGAAGAAUGACGAUUACCUACCGCAAAGCUCCCUCGUUUUCCCUCUAGAGAGCAAGGGUAUGCCGGACCUGGAGGAAGACCAGUCCAUCAGCGUCCACUACGAAAUGCCCAAGUCCAAGAAUGUCCACAAGUCCCAGCUCCUCCGCGGCGUCCAAUUCCCUCCUCCGGCCCUCACCGAAGACGAGAUCCACGGCGUCCGCAACCGCGCUCGCCACGGCGGCGGCGGCGGAGGCCGCGACCGCGGCUUCCACUCGCACAACGAGAACCGGUGGCAGGGCGGACCACCUCGCCACAACAACCGCAAUGGCGGCGGCGGCGGCGGUGGCUACAACAACGGCGGCGGCCCUAACCAGGGCGGCCCUAACCCCAACAACCCCAUCGCCGGCUUCCUCAACCCCAACUUCGACCCCCAGGCCUUCAUGCAGCGCGGCCCUGCCGGUGGGCCCCCGGCCAUUCCGCCCCCGCCCCACCUCGCCGCCCAGAUGAACGGCUGGCAGCCCCCGCCGCCCCCGCAGUUCGGUGGCGCGUUCCCGCCCAUGCCGGCUGGCUACGGUGGAUACGGAGGUCCGCCGCAGAAUGGCGGAUAUGGCGGUGGUGGUGGCAGGGGAGGAUACGGCGGUGGAGGAGGCGGAGGCAGAAGAGAUGAUAACUACAGGCCUGGUGGCGGUGGUGGUGGUGGAAGACAUGAUGACAGCUACAGGCCCGGUGGUGGAUAUGGUGGAGGAGGCGGCGGUGGUGGCGGUAGGAGGGGAGGCAGAGGCGGUGGAGGUGGUGGAAGGGGGGCGUAUGACAGGCGCUAG